AUGGCUAACCGUCGACGCCGUAACUCCUCCGCUUUUCAGCUACCCGAUAAUGAAGACAACCCACAACCCAUCGUCGCCGACGGCUCCUCCAGCCGCCAACAACCGGUUUACCAUGGAAUCCGAUGUCGAGCUGGAAAAUGGGUUUCUGAAAUUCGUGAACCAAACAAGUCUACUCGUAUAUGGCUAGGAACGUAUCCGACACCGGAGAUGGCCGCCGCCGCUUACGACGUGGCAGCAUUAGCACUCAAAGGUAGAUAUGCGGUACUAAACUUUCCUGAUUCUGUUUUAUCUAGGAUGCUUCCGGAGUGUCCGACGGCUGAUGACAUCCGUGCCGCCGCGGCAAGGGCGGCCGCCGCUCAAGCACUCAGUAUUGAAAGUGGUGGAAGCUCUAGCGGCGGCGGAACAACACCUCCUGGACAAGGAGAAGUUAUGGACGAUGAAGCAGUAUUUGGCGUAGGGAAUCACUCUGAUGACGAGACAGAUAACUCCGGCGGCGGAGAGAAAUAAUAACGUUGGAUGUUGAAGAAAUUGAUGAAGAUAUAUCAUCAUAUAAUAUAUGUAACCGUUUUAUGUUUUCGUUGAAACCAAUUGUUUAUCAAUAUGUAAAACGAUAUAAAUAAAUAAAUAAAUAAACUACUAAUAUUUAUGCUUUAUUACGUCAUCUCCAAUAUAUACAUGGAAUAUUUUUUGUACUUAUUUUU